CUCACCUGGAUGGCUGAAGCGUCGAGUUGCCCGGAGGUCCCCCAGCCGCCACUGCCAGCCGUCCCCAGCAGCCUCAGCACCUCUCCUGCCGUCGGAGCGGCCCCCGACCUUCCCACGAGCGGCAGGCAGCUCGGCAGAGAGGCGCAGGCUGUCGCCGGGCCCCUCGGGGAGCCGUUCUCAGGGCAGCCGGCAUCCUCUGAGUCGCGGGCUCCGCGGGCACCUGAUGGAGGAGGCGCGGCAGAGGCAGCCCCGGGUGCUUCUCAGCCGCCUGGCGCUGCCGACCCACCUGGACGCUCGCGUGCCUCCUUCGGCCCAGACCGCACGGCUGAUGGAGGAGGCGAAGCAGAGGCAGCCCCGGGUGCUUCUCGCUCCGCCUGGCGCUGCCGCCCGGCUGCACCUCCUGCCGCGUGCCGGACGGCCGCCGCCAGGGUGGCACCGAGCCGGCCGAGUGCCCGGCGCCCGCCCGCAGCGCCAGGAAAGGCAGGAGCAGAGGGCGCGAGCAGCGCAAGGACAGCGUCCCGGCCGGGAAGAGGAAGCUGCCCCCCGGGCCACGACGCUCCGCGGCACAAACGGCGGCGCUAG